AUGGAUGCAUUAUACUAUGUAGAAAUUUUAGCAAAUAAUUUACCAUCGUCAAUGUCAAAGUUUGGUUUUGAAAAUUUGAAACUUUUGCAGGAUGGUGAUCCUAAACAUAGAAGUAAGUUAGCAAAAGAAUAUUUUGAAUUUAACAAUAUCAAAUUAGUAGAAUUGGCAUCUCAAUUACCUGAUUUAAACCCAAUUGAAAACUUAUGGGCUAUAAUAAAAAGAAGAUUAAAGAGUAUUGAAUUUAAUAGUAUUAAUGAAAUGAAAGAAAUUGUACAAAAAAUAUGCCAAAAUAUAGAUACUAAUAUGUAUGCAAAUCUUGUUAAUAGUAUGUCUAAGAGAAUAAAAGGUGUCAAAAAAGCCAAAGGAGAUCAUUCAAAUAUUAAAUUUUCAUUUCCAUUUUUUAUUGUCCAUUUUUUCAUUUUUCAUUUAUUAAAUUUCUAUUAA